AUGGCCCGCUUUGUCAACCUUGACGCCAAGGUCCUGAACCUGCUUCACUUCUCGGCCGGCGUCGACGCGAGCAUCGACCGCGUCAAGCUGGGCAUCUACAACGUCUCAGCCAAGGUCGAGCUCGAGGCGCGCCUGGAGAAUGUGGUCAAGAUGGUGGACGACGUGCUCACGAGCAUCGACCUGAACCCCAUCAUCGCGACGCUCGGCGACACCGUCAGCGACAUCGUCAACAAGACGACCGACGUCAUCACGGACCCCGUCGAGAGCGCCGCCGGCUCGGUGGCGAAGCGCGACCUGACGUACCGCAUCGAGAACAACAUCCUCUACUCGGUCAACGACUUCUCCGGGCGGACGCACACGAACCGUGUGCUGGCCCAGAACGGCUCGCUGUACGACGUCUACCUGGACAACAGCGGCAACGAGAGCGGGUUGAAGAUUGUGGGCUACUACAGCCGCGACAUGACGUUCAGCGGCCACAACAAGACCAUCACGGUCGACGGGCAGGUCAAGGAGUUUGAGCUGCAGUAUCUGUAUACGCCGUACCCCGGGCUGGAGGCGUUUAGCAACAUCUACGUAGACACCACGGGCAGGGUCGUGAGGACCAAGAUCGUAGCCGAGGCCGAGGGCGGGGGCACGGCGACGAUUAGCAACGAUGACGGGAACGAUCUGUAG